ACACUGACGCGCACCAGUGCAGCCGACAUCCGCGCGCAUCCACCACACACUUUUCUCCGUGUACUUGGGAAAUAUACACCGGGACAAGUGAUCGGACUGGAUAUAUGCUGCGAUUUUAAAAGAUGGAUCCAAUAUUAUUUUUUUUCCUGUGUCGCUGAUUCUCCACUUCUGCGUAACACUUUGAGCUCUUCUCUGGAGCUCUGCGCGCGUCCUGUAUUUUGAGGAGGUGUCGACUGGCGUGUCGACUACUGAUCCCAAUUUGGAUGUUUAUUGCUGACUGUUUUUAAAUCCCUUGUCCAAAUGACUGAGCUCGGGUGCAGCCGGAAACGUGGCUCCCCACUUGGGAAGACCUACGGCUAAAGUUUUGAAGGGUGCAGGGAUGCUUUAGGCUGUCCGUCUCCCACCGUGCACUGGAUCUGCAAUUGCCCAUAAAUUGCAAUAAACAGCGGAUAUCCUAGCUGUCUCUGCGCGCUCUGGGAUUCAUUCUACUUGGAUUUAUACAUCUGCUGGAUUUCACCCCCAUCUAAAUCAUGAAGACCGUUAUUAUGGAUGGGGGACGACUCCUGUUUCUGGUAAUGUGGCUGAAUCUUGUGCCUCAAACUGACAGCUGCCCUGCCAAGUGUAUGUGCUACAGUGAGCCCAGGCCCACUGUGGCCUGCCAACAACAAGGACUCUUUUCUAUCCCAACUGAGAUCCCUGUGCGGAGCCAGCGGAUAUUCCUCCAGACCAACAAGCUAACGGUAGUGAGGUCUACCAGUUUCAGCUCUUGCCACAAUCUCACUGUUCUCUGGCUCUACUCUAAUAACAUCAGCUAUAUCGAGGCCGGGGCCUUCUACGGCUUAGAAAAACUUGAGGAACUGGACAUCGGAGACAACAGCAACCUCCGCACCAUCAGCCCAACAGCGUUCCGGGGCUUAACUAAGCUGCACACCCUCCAACUGCACAGGUGCGGUCUGUCAGAGCUUCCUGUUGGGGUUUUCAGAGGAAUGUUCUCGCUACAGUACCUUUACCUGCAGGACAAUAAUAUUCUAACCCUGCAUGAUGACACUUUUCUGGACCUUGCCAACCUCACCUAUCUCUACCUUCACAAUAACAAGAUCAAGAUAGUGGCAGACAACAUGUUUCGAGGCUUAAUCAAUCUGGACCGGCUGCUUCUACACCAGAAUCGGGUUAUCUAUGUCCAACCCAGGGCUUUUCAUGACCUUGCAAAGCUGAAGUCCUUGUUCUUAUUCUUCAACAAUCUUACCGUCUUGACAGGGGAGACAAUGGACCCGCUGGUGUCCCUCCAGUACUUGCGCUUGAAUGGUAACCAGUGGAUCUGUGACUGCCGUGCAAGGACCUUGUGGGAUUGGUUCAAACGUUUCAAAGGUUCCAGCUCUGAGUUGGAGUGCAAUGUUCCUGAGUUUCUGGCAGGAAAAGACCUGAAACGAUUAAAAAGUGAAGACUUGGAGGGGUGUGUGGAAAUGCCUCAAAUCCAGACCACUCUAUUCAGCUCCAAGACACAGUCUGGAAAAUUCCUUUCCACUGAAAAUCCUCUGGGAGACACAAUUCCCAGGUGUUGCCUUGGAGAUAAUGACAAAUCCUCUAUCCUGUCUGGCAAGAGCCGCCAAAUCACUAACAACCCCCUUAAGGAAAAGGAGAACAUGUCCAAGACUAAAUAUAAGGAGCCAGAACGAACAAAAAAUGAGACCCAGAAUAAGCAGAAUGAUGGACCAUUGGGAACCUUGUCCAACACCCUGGACAAGUCUUUGGAAAAUCUAAACCCUGACCUCAUAGACAAUCUGGAAUCAUCUACAGCAUCAAAUAAAAAGAAAAAGAAGUGUUCCAAAAAGCCCAAAUCAGACACCCAGUGCAAAAAUCAGGGUUCUGCUUUGCUAGUGCUGCGCUCUCUCUUCAUUCCCAUGAUCUGGAUAUCUCUAGCCAUGUCUUAGGACUCCUGAUCUCACUCUGAAUACAGGACUCAAGAUUGUUGAUGCUCAUGACAAUGAUACAGUGACAUCUGCUAACAGGCAGUGACUGAAAAGCAAGGAGUCACGCUGACCCAAUGUGGGUGAGGACAAACAAUACUGAAGACGUUAAGAGUACAUUUAACAAAAUGGAUGCCUUUACAGAACAAUACAACUCUAAUGUAUAUAAUGAAUUGGUGCCCAAAAUUGUUUGUUAACUGUACUGUGUCCAAGCUACACUUUGGAGAUUCCUCCCUUGUUCCCUCUCAAAAGCUUUUACUGCUUAGACAGACCAUGGAAGACAGAAAAGAAGACAAAAACAAAAAACAAAAACAGGAAGUCGAAGACAGCACACACAAAAAUGUUGGGUCCACUUAAUGAUGAUAAAGAAUCCCCCCAUUAUUUAUUCAAAGUGAUGCAUUUGUUGGGUAAUGUUAUGUUUUUAUGUUUCUAAAAAUGUUUUCCUCCCCCAGUUUUAGUUCUACUUUCACGAGAGAAAGGAUAUAAGGGUAGCAUUUACCAAAAGGAUGCUGUCGAUUUGUUUAUUGAGAUCGCAAUGGA